UUUUUUUAGAAUUCGAAAUUCGACAAGAAACGUCAUGUGGUCUCUUGUAGAUCAUAACACCGCAUAAUACACGAAAAACCGACUCAGGGACUUGUCAGGGAAUUUCCAGCUCAUGUUGCCUAUAUAUACCGUGGAUGGGAAUUUGUGCCAAGUUCGUGUGCAAAUUAUUACUUCAAGAUGGUUACUGAAAAAACCCAGCAGGGAUUGGGAAAGUUUAUAUGGCAUUAAUGUGAGAAAAAAGGAAAUUAUGUUGACCAUGGCACAAAGCAUUACAACAAUGAAUGUACCAGAACUGUAUGAAAGAACAAUAGGAGAAAUUGAAGAAAGUAUGGAGUUGCUCCAAACCCCAACAUGCUCUGAAGAGACACCAAAUCUCGUUAGAAAUGAUGUUAAUUGCAACGAGUUUGAUCAUACAAGUGACCAACAGAAACCACCCAAAUGUAUUGGUGAGCGACCAUAUACAUGUUCUGUAUGUGGUAGGGGAUUUUAUGAGGAAGAAAAGCUUCAAAAACAUCGAAGUCGACACAAUGGAGAGAAGCCAUUUAAAUGUGAGAUCUGUGGUAAGGGUUUGAGUAGGUCUACCCAUUUACAAGAGCACAUCAGAACACAUACAGGAGAGAAACCUUUUGAAUGUGAUGUGUGUGGUAAGACAUUUAAUCAAACAGCAAAUCUAUUGAGACACACCAGGACCCAUACAGGGGAGAAGCCGUUUGAAUGUGAUGUGUGUGGAAAAGGCUUUAGUCUGUCACAACACCUGAGAACUCACUACCGAUCACAUACAGGAGAGAAACCCUUUAAGUGUGACAUAUGUGAUAAAAUGUUCAGUGAGUCAGGUAAUCUUCAAAAACAUACCACUACACAUACAGGGACAGAGUCGUAUGGGUGUGAAGUGUGUGGGAAAGGAUUUACCACAAGUUCUAGUCUUCAUUCUCACAUCAGAACACAUACAGGAGAGAGACCGUACAAGUGUGAUACCUGUGGUAAGGAGUUUAGUCGCGCAGAUGUACUUCAGCGGCAUAUCAGGACACAUACAGGAGAGAAGCCCUAUAGUUGUGAUUUCUGUGGUAAGAAGUUUAGUCAGGCAAGUCAACGACAGAAACAUCACAGAAUACAUACAGGAGAAAAACCAUACAAAUGUGACGUCUGUGGUAAAAAUUUCAGCUUGAUUCAAAAUCUGCAAACCCAUAUGAGGACACAUUCUGGAGAUAAACCUUACAAAUGUGACAUCUGUGGGAAGGAUUUUAACCACAGAUCUAACCUAAAGACACAUAUUAAAACACACCUAAAAGAUAAAGAGUUUAAAUGUGAUGUUUGUGAAAAAAGUUUUUCUACAUCAAAUGAUUUACAUGCACAUGUUAUGUCACAUACUGGAGAGAAAGCAUUUAUAUGUGGUGUGUGUGAUAAAGGUUUUAGUAGAUCUCAAUAUCUUAAGAUACAUAUGAGAACACAUACAGGAGAAAAACCCUACAAGUGUGAUAUCUGUGGUAAAGAAUUUAAUGACUCGCGUGAUUUGAAAAUACACAUUAGAGGACAUACUGGGGAGAAACCUUAUGUGUGUGGUAUCUGUGGUCAGGGCUUCAAGCAGACAUCUAAUUUAACAUCACACCUCAAAAAGCAUUCUGAAGAGAAACCAUUUGUGUGCCAUGUUUGUAGUAGGGCAUUUAAACGAGCAAAUAAUCUGAAGACGCACAUGAAGACGCAUACAGGAGACAAGGCACACACUUGUGGUGUCUGUGGUAUAAAAUUUAGUCAGUUUUGUAACCUACAGAGACACCUAGUGACACAUUCUGAUGAUAAAGAAACAGUUGGUGAGAUGUAUCUGGUGAAGAAUUCCCACAAAUCUCCCUCCUUCAUUACAGAGACACAGACAACCUAUGUAAUUCCUACUUAAUAUAUCUUGACCAACAUGAUAAGCUAUAUACUAAGAGGUGGUAUCUAAAACAUGAUUUAUACAAACCUAAUCCACUGAUCGCACGAAGGAAUGAGUAGCAUAUGUCUGUAGUAAGUUAUGAAUAGUUAAGGUAAAUCUUUCAUUUAUUUUAUAGAUACAGAAAAGCUACAUUAAUCCUUAGCUUCCAAACAUCUCAGAACUAAAAGGAAGAUUGUUCUCUCUUUAAGGAACAGGCUGUAGGGCCUCUGGCACAAAUAUAUGAUUUAUAAUAUAUACUGUAUAAUUAGCUUGAGCCUUAAUGAAGAAGCAUCUUGAAACACAUGCUUGGAAAAAUACAUGCUUGUUCACAUAUGAUGUAGUAUUACAUCUCAUUUGUCACUGGUUAAAGAGGAAUUGUAACCUAGAACACUUUAACUUUGGCUUAUAUAGGCUUUUUGUUAAUUUGCUAGACAAUGAAAUAUAACAAAUGUGAUUCAGUGUAUACAAUUAUUUUCUUUACAUUCUCUAUAUG